GAGGAAAGGACUCCUAGACAGUCGUCCGGCUGUUUGGAAAGACAAGAUGGCUAUUUAUUGUGUAAAUAGAAAGCUCUAGAAUAGAAAGUGACGUGAAAAUGAAUCUGGUUUGUUUUCAUUCUUGUAACUUAUUUGGUUUGAAUGGCGUAUUUAUUGCUUUUGUUCUCCACCGUCAAGCACUUUACCAAGCUGUCCGUUUUCCUUCCCCUCGUGUCAAGAAUGGCGUCCCCCGCUGGUCGUUUUUCGGCACUUGCACUGAAAUUAAACAUGACACCUUCCCCGCACUGGCCUCGUCUCGUCUUCUUUUCUGACUCCUUCACCGAAUGGCAAAACGCGCAGGGGCUCGCUCGCUAGCGGUUAUACCGAGCGUCACCGCCGGGUGGCAGCGUGACGCCGUAACGGCGCCUCGUCUACCGCGAAGAAGCGCGCCGCUAGGCACUGGGUGGGCAGGCGGCAAACGAGCAAGCGAGCAAGCGAGCAUGGCUCCACCCGGUGGGAAAAUCAACAGACCCAAAACGGAGCUGAGCAAGAGGCUGUUCAAGCGCCGCCGGGUCCUCGGGCGACACAAGAAGAAGAAGAAGAAUGGAAACGCGGGCGUCGUCCCGGAUCGAGGACUCGUCACCGUCCGCCGCCUGGAGAUGAGGAACGCCGCCGUCACUUUGUCGGGGAAGAAGAGACGCAAGCUCCUCAAGCGGCUCCGGCGCCUCCGAAACGACAAAGUCGGAACGGAAGGUUCUCAAGCUGAUUACGGUCAAAAUCAAGUCUGGAAUUUUGUCAUGAUGUGGUUCAAGAAUCGACAAAUCUUCAAAAAUCCAGUCAAUAUAGAUGACAAAAAAUCAAACAGAAGUUGGACAAAAGAAAUCCAAAGGAUCGAAAGGACAAAGCCAAAAAUGGGUCAUCUGCGAGGAACCAGCGAGCUGCUGCUGCUGCUGCUGCUGCUGCUGCUUCCGCUGCUGCUGCUUCCUCGCGUCACCAAGACGGGCAGGUGCCGGCUGGCUCCGAUUCGGCUCGCUUCAUCCUGGCGUGCCGGUGACGGAACCGCGGUCGACACGAACGGCGCGCGCGACCGGCAGAUUUGCGAGCGCCGUACCGCCAUGACUCGGGCGCUCCUGUCGACGCUGGUCCUGGCUCUGGCGCUGGCGUCGGCCCGGUCCCGAUCGGAGCGCUGCUACUCCCGGCAGCACCGGAACGUGGAGGUGGACGGUCGCGCGGCGGCGGGCGCCCCCGGCGCCGCCUCGGACUCCAGAGCCCUGGCGUCCGAGCAGGACUGCGUCUUGACUUGCUGCUCCCUUGAAAUGCGCCCCGGCGCCAAGUGCAACGUGGCCGUGUUUGACGGGAACAAGCGCGGCGGGGAGGACAACUGCUUCCUGUACCACUGUCCCGACGAGCGGGACUGUCCGCUCAAGAAGUCGCCGGUGGGAGCGUGCACCUACGACAUCUUCAAAGGUUCUAUCCACCCGAGUGCCGGCCGACCCGCGGCGGCAACGCCGGCCGCCGGCGGCGCGCCCUCUUUGGCAAACGCCACGGCCACGGCUGCGUCCGCCAAGAGAGGCGAGAAGACCGCCAAAAAACAAAGCAAGACAAAAGGCAACAAAAAGAGCAAAAGUCGGCCGGCCGACGCGGGGCCGAGGAUCGCCAGCGAGCUGCCCGUGAGCGUCGGAUCGUUGCGGACGAGCGCCGCCGCCGCCGCCGUGACUUCUUCUGCUGCCGCUGUGACUCCUCCCGCCGCCGCCGUGACUCCUCCCGCCGCCGCUACCUCCACUCAGUUUCCUAGGACUGCCAUGAGUCCUACUUCAACGCCAACUCCUCCCAUGAGCGCAACAACACCUCUGACCGCGACGGGUCCUCCAAGGACAGCCGCACCCUUAAAGAACCGAACCCUGAUGACAACGACAAUGACAACUACAUCUCCAAAGAUCACCGCCUGGACGACGACAAUUCGCUCGACAACUCCACCUCCCGCAACAUGGCUUCCGAUGACUCCGCCUCCCACGACUCCGCCACCUGUGACUCCGCCUCCCGCGACUCCGCCACCCGUGACUCCGCCUCCCGCAACAUGGCUUCCGAUGACUCCGCCUCCCACGACUCCGCCACCUGUGACUCCGCCUCCCGCGACUCUGCCACCCGCGACUCCGCCACCCGUGACUCCGCCUCCCGCGACUCUGCCACCCGCGACUCCGCCACCCGCGACUCCACCUCCCGCGACUCCACCUCCCGCAACUUUGCCACCCGCGACUCCAACCGAAUCGGCACUAACAGCGUCAGAGGCGGGCGCGCGCGACGGCGUCCUCCGGAACACGAGCGCAAAAACGAAACCGGGGGGGCCGAAGAGCGGCGCGGUGGCGUUCUUGGUGGUGGGCGCGGCCGUACUGACGCUGGCCUUGGCGGCGGCGGGCCGCAAGGCCGCAGAGUCCUUCGACCGGCGCCACUACACCCGGCUGGAACUGAACGACCUCCACUACGACCUGUGACUCGGGAACGCCGGAGGACGUGAGCGCGAGCGAGUUCGAUUCGGGCGACCGACCGGCGGGACGAGCUUCGACGCUACUGCAACUUCGACGAUCACGUUCAACUCAGGAAGAAGACGCCACUUAACACCACUUCGCUAUACGAUGAAGACUUUGUUUAUGAUGAUAACCAUUCAUUUGAUCACCUGCAUGUCUUAUUUCUGCACUCUACAAAAUCACUCAUUUAUAGUAUAAAAUCCUACGAUUUAGGAUCAGGUGGUUUACUUGUAUCGAAUGACUUUUGGCGGAGUUUUUCUUCGCAGUAAAACUGCAGUGCCCUUCUUGGCCACGCGGUGGCGGCAGAUGCCUACACAUCUUCGUCAAUUGUUUUUAUGAUUUUUUUUUUUUUUUUGGG